ACUCGGCGGGACGGCCGAAAGAAGAGGACCCUGUGGCGGGAGUUAGCGAUUGAGAGGUACGGGUGUUAAUAUGUUUACAGAUCUAGCUGUGUCCGAGGGUCCUGGCCUCCUGGUGCCGCCAUCAGAAACUACUGCCACUUUCAACCGUGUGACUAACAACCACUACUCCAACCAGUCUUCGGUCUUCAGGCUCGGGGAGCGGACGUUCACUCGCCAGUAUGCCCACAUCUAUGCCACCCGUCUGCUGCAGAUGAGAUCCCUCCUGAUAGAACGGGCAAAGAAAAAAUGGGGUGACGACAUAACUGUGCGGAAACUGUGUGAGCUGCAGGGCGCUGAGAGGUGUUGCGUGGUGGGAACACUAUUCAAAUCCAUGGAGCUUCAGCCUUCAAUCCUACGGGAGAUCAGCGAAGAGCACAAUCUUCUGCCCCAGCCUCCAAGGCCCAAGUACAUCAGCGAGUCUGACGAGCUAAUCCUGGAGGAUGAGUUACAGAGGAUUAAGCUGGAGGGGGCCACUGAUGUACAGAAGCUUGUUACAGGUGCGGUAAUUGCCGUUCUUGGGGCCGAGGGAGAUGCCGGUAAAUUUGUGGUGGAGGAUUUUUGCGUGGCCUCCCUUCCCCCACAGCCUCGCCUGCCAAAUCUGGGUGAGGACCGGUAUGUGUUGCUGACCUCUGGUCUGGGCCUGGGAGGAGGCAGUGGGGAUAGUCUUAUGGGGCUUCAGCUUCUUCUGGAUCUGGUGACUGGUCAGGCAGGGGCAGAACAGGAACAAGGCUGUGCGGCCCGGAUAUCGCGUGUCAUACUGGCUGGAAACCUGCUGAGCGAGAACACGCAGGGCAAGGACUCCUUAAACAAGGCUAAAUAUCUCAGCAAAAAGACCCAGGCGGCUAGUGUGGAAGCGGUGAAGAUGUUGGAUGAGAUCCUUCUUCAGUUGAGUACUUCUGUGUUUGUGGAUGUGAUGCCUGGUGCUUUUGACCCCACAAACUACGUCCUUCCACAACAGCCUCUUCAUCGGUGUAUGUUCCCGCAGUCGGCUCCGUACCCCACCCUUCAGCUAGUGACAAACCCAUACGAGGCGGAUGUGGAUGGUGUCAGGUUUCUGGGAACAUCAGGUCAAAAUGUAAGCGACAUUUACAAAUAUAGCAGUAUGCAGGAUUACCUGGAGAUACUGGAGUGGACGCUACAUGUAGGACACCUGUGUCCUACAGCCCCGGACACUCUGGGUUGCUACCCUUUCUACAAGGAAGACCCCUUCAUUCUGCACACCUGUCCACACGUGUAUUUUUGUGGAAGUGCCCCCAGUUUCAGCUGCAAAGAGGUCACAGGUCCCGAGGGCCAGCGUGUGCUUCUAGUCACUAUCCCGGAGUUCAGCAGUACACAGACGGCUUGCCUGGUUAACCUGCGAACCUUACAGUGCCAGCCAAUCAGCUUCUCUGGUUUCAGCGCCGACGAGGAGUCUUUUGAAUGAAGUAGCGCCUGCUUCCCGUGGAGCGAUUAGAGCUGCCCUGUAAGGCUUAAAGGACUGAGGUGAACGGAGCUACGCUCUGUGGUUGUAUAAGUAACGGGAGGUGUGCUCGUAAGGUCAAUGUUUGCGUUAAAGGCAAAUUGUCAUAAAAAAUUAAAUGUGAUUUAUUUUUA